AUGAUGCACCAACAAACGCCGACACGUGGAUUUCAUAAAAAGGUUGGUUUUUUUUUCGAUGAAAAUGAAAUCCAUUUAUUUUUUUCAGAAAAUCGAUCAAAAUGGGAGGAACCGAUCGAUUCGAGGAUGUUCUGAUGGGAAAAGUAAGUUUUUUAUGUCUGGAAAUUAGCCAAAAAUGGAACAUUUUUGAACAAUCGCGACUUUGUAGCCUUCUAACUUAUGUCGAGCAAUAUUGAAAGAAAAUACUAUUUUUUUGUUCAACCUUUUUUCAAUCAAAAUUUGAAAUUCUAGAAGACCUUCCAAGUUAACUCAUUGUUGAGCCAAAUCUUAUGAUUUUGGUCUUAAAUUGAUUGGAAUUCAUUUGUUAAGCAUCUGACAGACAAUAUUUAAAGAAAAUACUAUUUUCAUACAUGGCACUGCUCCCAAAACUGUCAAAAGGAUGUGUGUGCGCCUUUCGUGUGCAUUUCAAAAUAAUUUAGUUUUGCGUUUUUUUUUGUUUUAAAUACUAGGUUUUUCGUUGUUUUCACAGUGAUUCCUCUGAAAUUAGUAUUUUUUGAAAAUUUGGAGCUUUUCAAAAAAUUUCAAAAUAAAAACCCGUGACCUAUCAUUUCUAAAUCUAGAAAAAUAUUCCAACAAACCCAUUCAUUUUUAAUUAUUUUAAAAUGCUGAACAUAACAAUAUUUCUAGCAAAUUUCAAUUUCAUUUUUUUCUUUUCAUUCAUCUAUAUUUUCCAAAUAUGUGCCAAAAAAACUGCUACUUCCGAAAUAUCAAACCUUGAGUCGAAAUCAACAUCUAGUCUGACAUCGGUGACUUCGAAGCGACGUGUUGCUUCUACUGGAACUCUAGCUCCAGCUACACCAAAAGGUCAAGCCCCAUCAAAAUCUGGAGCUCGAGUUCCAGCUCCAAAACCACCGGAUGAAUACGAUGGAAAUGGGGAUGACAUCAAAUUCGAAAUCAAUAUCAAGAAGACGAAAACAUUGGAGAAAGAUGAAUUCAAUGAUGAUGAGAUGAAUCCGCUGUGUAAUGUUGCUCCGAAAACUGCAAGAAGUGCUCCAUUUUCAAUCUCAACAAAAACAGAAAUGAAAGAAAAAGGAGCAGAAAAAGAAUUAUCAGUUAUGGCAACUGUGGUGACAACAUCUUCAGUAAUGCAACAACCAUCGUUGAAACAUCAGAAGACACAAGUGUCUUCGGAAAAAUCGAAAAUUGUGAAGGAAUUAUCAGCGAAAGGUGGUGGAGAAGAAGCUCUUUUUGGGAAUAAAACUGCUCCAACGGCUAAUAACAGUUGUUAUAUGGCUUUAACGUUAUAA